GUAGAUAAGAGCUAGGAACUCAGGAUAAACAUUCUGAUCACUUCCCUCAACCUCAGUUAAGCUGCUGCAUUCUGUCUCAUUUCUGUUUUGUCUUCCUGCUUUCCAUAUUUUAUGCCUAAAACAUGUUUUUCUUUACUAUUGUUUUAAGGCCAUUUAUCUAAUGUACUAUCAUUUUUUAAUGAUAGGCAAACCUGAUUGAUUUUUUUAUAGCUUUUUGCUCUUCUGUGUGAAAAAUGUCUUCCUCCUGACAAUCUUUCUCUUAACUUCUCACGUGUUUAAUUUUCAAAGCUCUCCAGGUAAACAAAAAGUAUAUUUUUACUCAAGUUGUGGGAAAUGUAGCACUGGGCUGAUGUUCAACUGCGAGGCGGUUGAUUUUGUUUUGCACUUUACAGCCCUGCAAUGAAGUAUCUUUCUUAGACAAAGCGUAAAAGGUCCCCAGCAGAGAACUGGUGGCUAUCCUGAAAUAGUUUAGGGAGAGCGUGUAAUUAUGAUAUGGUUUGACGUAAUCUUUAUUUUCCUUCUCUAAUUCAGCUGUAAAACCUGAUGGCCUGGCUAAGAUCAGAACAAUGUAACCAUGUGCAAGAUUUGGUGGGUAAAACUGGUUUAAUGUGCAAUCAUGGAAUGUUCACGGUUCCACAGAGCCCAUCAUUGAAAGGCAAUCUUAGAUAGUUGGGAAGUUGAAGGAACAACAUGUAACUCUAUUUUCUCCCAUUUCUGAGAUCAUUUUGAAACGUGUGGUUCACUAUUUUAUUAAGAAUACAAUGUAGUUUUACCCCUUUAAUUUGAAAUGAACAGUUUCUAUGUGCAUCAAAACAUACAAUGAAGAAAGACAUUUUUAACAAGAUUAAUCUUCCCAGAAUUACACUGAAACAAGUUACUCUGAAUAAUCCUAUAAUAUCUGAUGCGGGCCUCGACCCAAAAUAUUGAUAAAUCGUUUCCAUCCCCACCCACCUACACACUGGUGCUGCCUAACCCAUUGAGCUUCACGCGUUGAGUUUCUCAAGCAGUUUGUUUCUAAUUUUCACCCCAAAUUCCAGCAUCUGCAGUCUCUUGGAUCUCAUAAAUCUGACCGGGUGAUAAGUGUAGCUGUGAACAGGUUACGGGGUGAAAGCGCUGCAUUUACACAAGUUGCAGCAACUCCCAAUCAACAAUGACUGUUUGUUUUUCAGAACCUGCACCAACCUGCAGAAAGGAGCUGCGGAUGAUAUCGGAAUUCACCAAAUGAGUCGAAUUGCAGAUCUUCUCACCUCUGUUGAAUGUGAAGCUUUACACACAAAGCUGACCAACCCUGAACAGAAUAUCAUGGAGGAGAUUGAUAAUAUGUUGGAGGAAAAUGACAAUCUAUUCAAGACUAGAAAACGCAGAGAACUCGAUGAAUUCCGAAACUGCGUGGACAUUUUAAUCGAGUGGCUGCGGGAUGAUGGAGACAGCAUGUACUGGGAUCGCCUGUCACGGGCACUCAGGCAGGUCGGUCGAGAAGAUAUUGAUAACGAAAUGCGAAAAAAUAUGAACCAAGACAAGACUUUGGAAGUGUAUAAGAAUAUUGAAGAAUAUGGUAAAACACUGGAGAACGCACACUCCUCACUGAUUGUAACUGAUGAUGAAAUUAAAACGAAGGACAGUAACAGAGACAAACGGAGUGAACUUCUGGAGAUUAAUUGGGAUGAACUGGAACUCAUUGUUGAAAUGGAAAAACUCCCACCUUAUCCCAGAAAACCCACAGAAGGAUUCAAGAUGGUGCUUUGGGGUGUAUUUUUUGGUUUUGUUGGCUCCACGUUCUUGGGAGCAAUCAGUCUGUAUUUCAUUGUUAGAAUAACGAGGAAAGAUUGUUUGGAGAUAAUGCGUCGCUCGAAAGUGCUUCAACGCAGCAAGCACCGAAGGCGUCCGCUGAAGCAAAUGGUGUACUCUUCCGAUGAUGAGAGUGUGCAAGUGAAAACAAGAUCGAAACACCUCAAACGUUACUGCCUGCCUGUUCAUGCAGUAAAUCAGAACCAAGAAAUGGCAAAAUCAAAGAGGAGUGGAAACUGAAAAAGCUUGUCCAGCUUUGUUUCAGUCAUGAUAAAGGAAAUGUAAAGAGAAUUAAAGACUUUUACUGUGCAGUG